ACCUAGAACAGCAAUAAACUUCAAUGAUAAAUUAAUGUUCUUAAUCUCCAUGAAAUUAGAAAGAGGGAAGACAACUUAAAGAACAACCGAAGCUUUCUAAAGCUCUCUUUUCAAAUGCCAUCCACUCCGAAGAUGAGAGAAGAGGCAGACAAUGGAUUGUCGCGGUUGAGUAAAAUCUAUGGUUUUACAAGAGAAAACAUUCAUUUUUAGUGGGCAGAGAAGCCAGAAGGAAAGCGGUGGACUGUGACCGUGACUAGAUGAGUGUCGCUCGGGCGCGCACUUCAUGAGGGGAGAUGGAGAUGCUGUUCUGGAGACCUCUAACAUUUCUGUUUCUCACCUUAUUGUGGGUGUUAUCAGGUGAUUCUCAGUGGGUGGAGAUGCCACGAAAAGACAUGGAGGGAAUCGUGGGCCAAAUGGUUGUUCUGGAGGCCUGGUACACCCCCACCAGUGCCAUAGAGAAAAACACAGUCAUCUGGACCUUCAUGGCCAAUAAGACAAAACAAAUCAUUUCUUACUCCUCAGGACAGAUCGGCAUCGGCAGCACUGACUUUCGGAGGCGGGUGGGCUUUGCCACGUCCAUGCCCUCUGCCAAUCUGUCCAUCUACAUCAACAACACACAGGAGUCGGACUCAGGACGCUACCUCUGCAACGUCAUCAUCCCUGGAGCUCCAGGCAUUUGGGGAGAACUAAGUCUCAAUGUUAAAGUACCUCCAUCUACUCCUGUGUGCUCUAUAUCUGGAGAUGCGGUGGUGAGUGGCAAUGUGACACUGAGCUGUAAAUCCAGCAAUGGCAAACCGGUUCCUCAAUACAAGUGGACCAAAGCAGCUCCUCUCUCAGAGGUCUUCUUCUCUCCCAUGCAAACGUGGAGGUCCUGCCCCCAGCCUGUGCUUGUGCUGGGAUACCUGGACGAGAGGCAAGGCACCCUGCGACUCAGCAACCUCACCAAAAAUAUGUCCGGCAAGUAUGUCUGCCGUGCAAGCAACACAGCUGGGACGGAAAGCUGCCACCUCAAUUUAGAGGUCUCCACCUCUAAUAACGCGUGGGUCAUCGCUGGUGCCACAGUGGGCUCUGCGGUGGGCCUGAUGGCUCUUGUCUUAUUCCUGAUCUUUAUCCUGAAGUGGAACCAUGACACAGAGGAAGAGAUGUCCAAUGAUAUCAAGGAGGACGCACAGGCCCCUAAACGUGUUUCCUGGGCAAAAAGCGGCACAGGAUCGGACAUCAUAUCUAAGAACGGCACAUUAUCCUCCAUAGCAAUCAGUCCCCCUCCGCGGGACCCUCACCAACAGCCCAACAACCAUUACCCAUAUGCUCCAGGGGCCUCAGACACCGCCUCCAUUCUCACUGCCUCUGGAAGCACCACCACCUACCGUCUCCGCCCAGGAGAGACCAACCCACUUCACGGCCUGCCUGGGUACAAUGUGACCAACGCUGUCAAUCACACACAGCAACAUCAUCGCCUUCACAAUUCCACGGGUCUCAGUCCCAACAGUUUAUCCACAAACAGGACAGAGGGGCCACAGCCACAGGCCCCACGCCCGCUCAACAUGCCUCUAAAGACUGCUACGCUGUCCCGAAUGGGGUCCGCGCCAGUCAUGGUGCCCACCCAGAACCACACAGGUUCACUAGUGUAGCGUACAGAGAACCCUAUGUCAACUAAUGUGCUAAAAACUCAGCCAAAUGUAUUUAAGGAUGUUUGUUUAUUAAUGGUGAUGAUUCAUAUGACAUAUUGAUACGUCUUUUUAUACAUUAAAGUACAUUAAGUAGCAUAAAAUACAUUUAUAUGACAAAAUGGUUUCUUUUUUUUGUUUCUUUUUUAAUAAGAAUAGUGUUUUGAUGCCCAAACGCAGAUUUUUUUGUUGUCUUUUCAAACUGACUGACAGCAGCAAUUUUUAUUUAUUUUACUAAACUAUUACAAAUAUAAUUUGUCUCACAAUGUGUUGUACAUAUAUAAUGUCUGAUGUUAUGAAGGCACAGACAUAAUUAAUAAUGUUUGUUCAGACUGUUACAUAAUGUUUUGAGAAUUAUCCAGAUAUUUAGGCCUAGUUGUUUGUUUAAAAUGAUAAUAAUUCUCAUCUAGUACUUCAGUAUUGGCUGUUUGCCUAUUGUGCCUCUCUCUGUUUCUCUCAGAAGUUUUCUCUUAUGGCAUCGUAAGUGGACAGAUUGGGUGACAGUGGUGUUUGGUUUCUGUUAGACUGUUCUGUGGACGUUAGAGGAGAGAAAAUAUAGCUCUUAAAAAUAAAAAAACACCCCAUCAAAAUGUCCUAAGAUAUAUAAUAUAUAGAUUAUGAAAGCAUAUAUGUGUCAAUGAUGAUGUAUGAGAAACUAGCCUUGUGGUUUAAUGACUUGAAUGUUGGAGGCAGGGGGUUAUCAUUUUUGAAAUAUUUUGAUAUUUGUCUUAAUGCUGAAUGUUGUACUGUUGUGCAAUGAAUACUCGGUUAAAUGCUCUGUUAUGCCUCGUCCUAUUGGAUGCAUUUGGUAUCAUAUAGAAUAUAAAGUGUUGUGCUAUAACUGUCCACAUGAUGGAAGCAGAAGGGUUAGAAAAAGGAUGAGAGUUGGAAAUUUCUCAGUGAGGUUUAAAAGAAAUGUUUCAAUAAUAGUACAGUAUAUGUUUUGAUUAUUUACUAUAAUGUUCUGCUUAUUAAAACCAAUACAAGAUUGUAUUGUUCGGAACAAUUGAUUAAAGAGUUUA